CCUCGCCGUGAAAAAAGGUUCGCGAUCGCUCUCGUGGACGAGGGGCAUCCUCCUCGUACUCUCGAUCGUUCUCGUGGCGAGAGUCGCUCGUUAGGUGGAAAACGGUGAACGAUGAGCACAUGCUUCGAUCCGUAGAUCGCGUAUUCGAAGCCGGCACGCAAGAGCAGCUCUCGAACGAGAGUGAAAGCGCGAGUGCUGUUGCAUGCGGAAGCGGCUGCUUUGCAUUUCAUCCUUUAUCGCGUGACAUAGAUUCCCGUCGGAAACGUACCGCGAUGAUGUCGGUGUCGGUGUCGAUUCCGCGUUGAAUCUCAUAAAUCAUAAAUUUGACCCGCUAUACAUUAAAUAUUACAUCGACUAUUAUCUUCCCCGUGUGUCGUGCAAGGCUCUCGCGAGCUCCUCGGCGGAGCGCGGGAGCUGUGCAUCGCGGAUUUAGAUCACGUCGCUUUUCGGACCCCGCCGACGAUCGGACCCUCUUGAUUUUCGCGAAAGGUCACGUGCAAAAUGCUCGAAUGGGGUGGAAAACGAGUUUGUGACGAAUCUGAGAAGUCGCCGAUGGUUUAUGAGGACGUCUGAAGUUUCUAGUGAAUAUAUGGCAACAUCCACGGCGGCGGACCGUCAUGAGAUCGCCGAGAGAACUUCCCCGGAUACCUCCGAGCGGGUCCUUCCUAUGAACGUCUGUCCACCGAGCAACUUCCCGGACAAAUUUCAGGAUUUCUUCGCGGCGCUCACCGAGGAUGGCGAUGAUCUACCCAGCAUGCUCGAGGACAAGCUCAUACCGAGAAAACCGGAUAACACGAGCGUCGACGCGAAGAGCCGGCGCUGGAACAAAAGGAGUGUCCAGAGGCGGAGCAGCGAGGUCGAGGUCUCUCUGCAUCAUACCUCGCUGUCCGGAUUUCAGGGUCACAGCUGCGUGGACGGACCGAAAUCGCCAACCCCCUCGAGACGUAGAAGCUCCAGCAUCGCGGUUGCCAGACCCACGCCGGACUUACACAGAUUUCUGCAAGCGGAGGCCGGUCCCUGGGGUCACCUGUCGCCCUCGCCUAGGAGUCCGACCAGAACACCGGCGCUGAGUCCUGGUGCCGCAUCCUCGUCGUCGCGUCUGAGCGCGAACGCGAGUCCGAGCGGUCCCAGUCCGACGAGUCCUUCCGGUCCGACUGGUAUCCGGGACUUGGUAUCCGGGACUCGUGGAGGUAGCGCUCCCAGGCAGUAUCGCAGUAGAACGAGCAGCAUGCCGGCGGUUCCACGUCACAGGCCGAUGCUGGCCGACACGAGACGCGGGGGUGGCGUAGCGGGAGGCGAAGAGGGUGAGACCGAGAAUGGGAUCGAAUAUUACAGACUUCGAUCUUUCUCCAUAACAGCGAACGGGAUCUACAAUUUGGGCGAUUCGUUGAAGACACGGCGUAGCCGGAGUAUUAAUAGCGUCACCUCUUCCACUAGUUGCAGCAGCACUCGGGAAGGUAGAUUGCUCAGCUCGGCCUCACAGCUCUCUGGCAUGGAGGCGGAAGAGGAAGCUGGUGAGCGAGUGGCGACGUACAAAGUGGGGAUGCUGGGUGCUUCGGAAGUCGGGAAAACUGCCCUAACUGCACAAUUCACCACGAGUGACUACAUUUGUGCUUACGACGCUUCUCUCGACGAGGAGUACGGAAAGAAGAACGUGUCCGUAAUGCUUGAUGGCGAGGAGACGGAAUUAGAAAUCAUUGAUCACCCCGCCGCAGAGAUGUCAGUCGAGACUUUUUGUUCAUCCUACAAUCCGGACGUGUACGUGGUGGUGUACUCCGUAGUGGACAGAAGAAGCUUAAAGGUGGCCGAGGAGACGUUGCUCUAUUUGUGGAAGAGCGAUUACAUGGCGAGUCAUGGUGUCAUUUUGGUCGGCAAUAAAGUGGACCUUGAGAGAAAGCGAGAGGUUCCGGCGGUGGUUGGCCGCCGUUUAGCGAACAGUUGCGGUUGUAAGUUUAUCGAAACUUCCUCGGGGCUAGCCCAUCAUGUGGAUGAGCUUCUGGUCGGCAUUUUGGCACAGAUCAAGCUGAAUCCGCAGCGCAGCCGGGACCAGGCGACCAGACGCCGUCGUAGCAAGUACCGCAGGCGAAUCUUGAAACACCUGCUCGGCUUCAAGAGGAAAACCAGGAGUUGCGAAAAUCUCUUCGUUCUCUAACAUUCUCCUCAUAUGGUGCCUCGUGUACGGGGCAAGAAAAGAAAAUUAUUUCAUCAGAUAUCGAUCAUCCGAGCGUUCGCUCCUCGGUUCGCGAAUACGUGGGCUAUCUUCGCGAAUAGGUGAGGAUCGUGUGACGUAGUCGAGCUAACGUAUCUGCUAUACAGGAGACUGUGCGGUGAAUCGGUAACGCGAGACACACAACGCGAAGAAUAUCGAACAAAUUCUCGGAAUACCUGGUUCAAAUUGAAAUACAAAGAAAUUCACGACCAUGGACCGAUGGACGAGUAGCACGCGAAGGAAACAAGACCUCGGAGCUUUUGUAUUCGUACAUAGGAAAAUAAUAGAUCACGCCGUUCUUUUCAACGUGAAAACGAAGCUUUUUCAUCGCAAAUGCAACGCAAGUUUUUUGCUGUCCUCCUCAGGAGCAUACUCGCAAAUAAUUCAAGCGACGACAAACGAUUAAUCCUUUCCCAUUGGAAUGCAUGUCCCAGUUUAAAAAUGAUAUCACUGGUAAAUAUUGGAUCAUUGAGGUUUUUUAAAUAAAAUUCUAAAAAGAAUUUCAAUUUUAAUAAAAAUUAUCACAAUAAAUGUAAUUAUGAAAUAAUUAUUUUCAUAAGAUCUGAAGACUUUCAAAUUAUACUGUAAAAGAUUAAUUACUAUAAAAGACACAAUGUGCAAUUAACUUUGAUCAAAUAAAAUUCUGAUAAUGUAAAUUUCUGAUGUUUAUAUUAUGAGGUAUAAAAGAGAUAAAAGUUUUUUGUAUCUCAAUAAUAAAGAAACAUCAUGAUAUUCGUACUUGUCGAUGUAGGUUGAAAAAUUUUGAACUUUAGUAUGUAGUUUUAUGUAAUUAAUAUAAUAUAUUUGUUUUAUAAAUUAAAUUUAUAUUUUACGAUUUUAAAA